AGGCCACGACACACAGAGAUGGAGGCGCCUCUAAACUUUGUCAACAAAAGCAGACGCUUAAGGUUUAUGUCAAACAAAACCGUCAUUUUAACCCACCCCUGGCUGCACCUCGCUCCGUGAAGGACUUCCAGGGCCUCUGACUCUUUGGGACUAAAGGAGAAAAUUAUUUUUAGCACAAGUAUUUGGAAACUUCUGAGAACUUGGAUCUGUUUUUCUACGUGGUACCAACGCAAGUUUCUCGCUGAGCUCUCAUGCAAGACUCUUGGUCUCUUGUGGAUUUAGAAUCCUGGAGCGUCGCGCCAUCCCAGAGCAAGCCAUCCUGACGGGUGCAAGGUGACAUCCCGCUGUGGUUCUGAUCUGCCUGUCCCCGAUAAUUAGUGACGCCCAGCCUCAUUCCACGUAGCUGUCAGCCUGUCCCCUUUGGGACAAUGUCUGUUCGGAUCUUUUGCCCACGUUCAAUCAGGUUAUUUAUGCUUCGCUCUUGAGUCGUAGCCCAAGAUGUUUGUCUUGCUCUAUGUUACAAGUUUUGCCAUUUGUGCAAGUGGGCAACCUCGGGGUAAUCAGUUCAAAGGAGAGAACUACUCCCCGAAAUACAUCUGUAGUAUCCCCGGCUUACCUGGACCUCCAGGCCCCCCUGGAGCAAACGGCUCCCCCGGGCCCCACGGUCGGAUCGGCCUUCCUGGAAGAGAUGGAAGAGAUGGCAGAAAAGGAGAAAAAGGAGAAAAGGGGGCUGCAGGUUUAAGAGGCAAGACUGGACCUCUGGGCCUUGCCGGAGAGAAAGGAGACCAAGGGGAGACUGGGAAGAAAGGACCCAUGGGCCCAGAGGGAGAGAAAGGAGAAGUAGGUCCAGCUGGACCUCCUGGGCCAAAGGGAGACAGAGGAGAACAAGGGGACCCAGGGCUGCCUGGAGUUUGUAGAUGUGGAAGCAUCGUGCUCAAAUCUGCCUUUUCAGUUGGCAUCACAACCAGCUACCCAGAAGAAAGGCUACCGAUUAUAUUUAACAAGGUCCUCUUCAACGAGGGAGAGCACUACAACCCUGCCACGGGGAAGUUCAUCUGUGCUUUCCCAGGGAUCUAUUACUUUUCUUACGAUAUCACGUUGGCAAACAAGCAUCUGGCCAUUGGGCUGGUCCACAACGGGCAGUACCGGAUAAAGACCUUCGACGCCAACACAGGGAACCAUGACGUGGCUUCGGGGUCCACGGUCAUCUAUCUCCAGCCGGAAGAUGAAGUCUGGCUGGAGAUCUUCUUCACCGACCAGAACGGCCUCUUCUCAGACCCGGGCUGGGCAGACAGUUUGUUCUCCGGAUUUCUACUGUACGUGGACACGGAUUACCUAGAUUCCAUAUCAGAAGACGACGAGCUGUGACCAGGACAGCCGAGCAGAACAUUCCAAAACCCUUGGGGGACAUGCUUUUUGACUCAGUCUGGGGCCCUGGGAGGUGGUGAAAAACAGAAGUGAAGUCCAAAGAGACUCCCACUCAGAUUCCAGAGCAUUUACAGCCAGCUCUAGCGGAGCCUAUUAAAAUAAGAUGAACCGCCAAACUGUGGAAAGCAAACCAAAAUGAAUUCUAUAAAACAAUAACCCAGGAUAUGAAUUCUCUUGAAAACAGUGUUUAUAAAUAUUUAAACAAAUGCAAGACAACGUUAAUAAAAUUUUUAUUAAAUUCCCUGAGUGAUAACACCACCUGGAAAUGAUAUUGCCUCAUUAAAUCUUCAUAAAAUUACAUGUUUGCCUGUUAGUUAAAAGAAUCAUAACAUCUCAGACAGUCUUUGAUAAUUCUCAAAAGGCUAUAUAGUUAGUCAGAAACCAAAGGUAAGCAGUACUGAGUAAUUUCAAGCAAGUUAAAGUGAAGUCAUAGUUUCCUUUUUAGUUAUUUCUUCUUUCAUGCUUGGAUGUAAAGUGCAGAGUUUAUUCUUAUACUGUUACUUAUUUAUUAAUUACUAUAUUUGAAAGCGGCUACAACUGUAAAUCUAAUUUUGCCCCACCUUGUAUAUUUAUUCAACAACUCUCUAGCUAAGCCUGUAGGAACCAGACAGACACUAUGGUGCUGGGUCAGAUGUAAUAAUGAGUUAAGACAAAGUCCCCACCUUCGCACAGGCUCGCGUGUGAUGAUCCUAUUGUCACCACUCCAUGUGAGGGACCACCAAGGCAAACAGCAGACUGACUCCAUGAGAGCCAGAAAACGUGGAAAUACAUUAUGUGUGCCCAAGUGUGUGUGUCUCUAGGUAGAUGGAAAAAUAUGCAAAGAAAAUAAGGCAUACAGUGGUGGCGUGCUUCCCACGCCAUCCUCAAAGCACCGUUGGUAUUUGCAAACAGGAAGGUGUGAAAACCCGAGAAACGGAGGAGGCCUAGGAGGGGUAAUGGAAACAAAGAGAAGCAAGUUCCUGAGCCCUGGUUCUCCAGAGCCCAUCAGCUUGACAGUUUCCCAAGACAAAUACGUACCCUCUUAGCGUUCUCACAGAUAAGGGAAUUUCUUUCCACUGUGGUAAGGACAUUGUGUCUGAUGGAUUUUCUAGGUAUUGAAUUCAGAUAAAGCAAAGUGUCCACAGAUUUAUGAGGGAGCUGAUAGGAGGGGUGAGCAGGAGGGAGAGGGAGGGAGACCAGAUGGCUGAGCAGAUAGCUGUCCCUUCCAAGUCUCUCACCCCCCGGUCCCACACUCCCUUGUGUCAGCCCCGUGUUUCCCACUGCACCGCAACUCCUCAGUGAGUCUCACCCGUGAUUCUGUCAUCUGCCACUCCCUUGGCUGACAGCAACAGCACUCCCUUAGUCUCUCCUUUUUGUAUCGUCCAACCCUCUUUCCAUGCAUUCCUCUCUCUGAUCUUUCAUUUAAUAAAAAUUUUAAUGCUUCUUAUGUGUGAAUUGUCACGGUAGGUUCUUUGAAG